AUGACAUCACUUGAAGGAUUUGAAGUAAUCGCAAGAGGAGUCAAAGUAACACGACUCAUGACGGAGUUCUACAUGCUUAGUUUGCAUGUUACUAGUCGCAUUAAAGUAGCCAAGUGCGAGGUUACGAACAUAGGCAAGCUGAGGAAUCCAAAAAUUCUCUUAGGUACAUGCUGGGCCAUUCACAACGAUCCCAAACAACAUCCCGACCACCGCCGCUUCGACCCAACACGCUACAUACACGACCAGUCCACCGCCGUAGAAUCAGCAAACCAUCCAGAUCUCACGAAGCGCGAUCAAUUUGGCUUUGGAACUGGAUGUCGUGUGUGCGAGGGCAAUGCAUUUUGCAAAACAGUCCUUGUUCCUGGGCAUAUCGCGUCUCCUAUGGGCCUUUGA